AUGCCCCCUCUAUACAAGAUAAUAGCUGGAACUUUAGCUGAAAGAAUCAAGAAGAAGAUCACAACAACGCUGGCCAAGGAACAGUUUGCCUAUCGUAGCGGUGUUUCAACGAUAAAUCCGCUCUACAUAGUGAAACAGGUAAUGGAGAAGGCGUGGGAAUGGCAAAAGUCACUGGCAAUUGGUUUACUGGACAUGAGCAAAGCUUUUGAUGUUAUCUGUAUGAGAACGGUAUGGAAGGCUUUGAAGAAGUAUGGUGUAGAUGAGGAGACAAUACAAAUGGUAAUGAAGCUGUAUAAAGUUGACAACAAUGUCAUCAGAAUAGGAUCAAAUGAAGAAGAAUUCAGACAAGGAAGAGGUGUACGACAGGGUGAUGCUAUGAGCCCAAUACUAUUUGUACUGGGGUUACAAUAUGCACUUGACAAGAUUGACUGGCAAGAAAUGGGGAUUGACAUCAAUGGUACGAAGCUGAGAAUACUAAUCUAUGCAGAUGACAUCACAAUUCUGGCGAACAAUGCGGAAGAACUAAAAGAGAUGACAGAAAAGGUAGAAGAAGCGACGACGAGGAUUCUACUCAGAAUGAAUAAAGAGAAAACAUGCUGGAUGGGGAAUGUGGAAGGAGUACUGAGAAUUCAGAAUAUGGAGAUUCAGAAGACAGAGAAGUGCAAAUAUUUGGGACAGACGUUGACGUUUCCAAAUGAGCAUGGUGAAGAGAUAAAAGACAGAAUCAGAAGUGGAUGGUGCAAGUUCCAGGAAGUUAAAUGGCUGCUGAUGAACAAGAAGACUCCCACAUCACUGAAGGCGAAAUACUACAAGAUGUGUAUUGAGCCCGCGUUGCUGUACGGGGCAGAAACUUGGGCAUGGACAAAAGCAGACCAAAUCAAGCUCAGCAGAAGUCAAAAGAAGAUGGAAAGAAUGAUGUGCAAUGUAAAGUUAAGAUGGGGAAUUAGAAGCAAAAGAAUAAGAAGAUGGACAGGGCUAGAUGAAGUGGUGGUGAAGGCAACGGAAAGAAAGUGGAAGUUUGGAAGGAAGGUAGCCAGAAUGCCUGAAGAUAGAUGA